CAUUUUGGUGAGCUCAGUCGGAAACCAACUGCCGAGUACUGAGCAGUGAGGGAAGGUGAACGUCAAGAUUAGGCCAGAUGUGUUAGCCGGUGAAUUUUUAAUGCGCUUCCGAGCCCAUUCAACGCUUUUGUGCGAGAGGCUGUGUGAUCGCAAUAUAAAAUCAACAUCUCAGGAUUCGUCUGAACAAUCGAUAGAACAUCAUCGAUAUCAAUUGUUCUGAAUCGGGGGAUUCUUCGGGUAUUGGAUUGCUCGAGGAAUUGGAGAUAUCAUUUUCAUUCGGAGGUGAAGGUUAACAUCGUCACACUUGGUGAGGAGACUCGGCUGAGUUGGUGAAGAGAGCUGAAGGAAGAAAGAGCGGAUGGUUGUUGAGGAGGGGCGGAGAUAGUCAAUAGAUUGAUAAUACAGGCGAAUAUUGUCCGUUGAUACGGAUUUUAUUUCACAUUUCGUCGGGGUGAAAGUGUUGUGUCAAAGUCUGUGAUAGUAUUUAUUGAUGAAGAAUUUAUGAAUAUCACUCGAGUGUUUCGUUGGGAAACAGUGUUGAUGUUCGCUUUUUAAUAAGAAGAAAGAGUUAAUCAGUCAUCGAGUUCAUCAGGCGAAUGGCGAAUUUCUAGAUAGGGUUUAUAUAUUUAUUUAUCUGUGAUACACUGAUGUACAACGGUUGAGCCCGUGAUGUUCCUGAUCAUUGUCUUGGACAGCUGAAUUGCUUGAUUACCCUGGGGAAGAGUUACUGGAUAUACGGGAAUUAGUGGGACACUCGUUGUUGUAUCAGUUUAUAAAAAACUACCCUGUCGAGGGGCAGUUUUUUUUGUAUAUAACGACUGACUUUUUUACAAUUAUUAAACGAUAAAUACCGGUGCAGAAGGGGACUAAGAAGAUUCAGGAUAUAUUUGUUGUUGAGGGAGAGAUCAAUUAUAACGUCUUUAGAUUGUCUUUCUGACGUCAUUUUGUGCCGGCAAUAUGGUCGAAAAAAUACUGGAGGAGAGGGAGGACGGGCGUCAGGACGCUCUCAGAGUCGAGGCAAAUGGUCGGGAGGUAGCUUCAACAGGGGAAUCAUUGAGUUCAGUUCAAGCCAGACAGGAGGAGGCUAGACGUAGACGACGCAGGAAGCAGCGUUCAGGCUCAUCACUUGUCUCGUCAUGCUUCCAAGAAUUGUACAAGUUGACUGGUGAAGUACUUGGAGAGGGAGCUUAUGCCUCGGUACAAACAUGCACCUCUUUGUACACUGAGUUGGAAUAUGCUGUGAAGAUUAUCGACAAGAUACCUAGCCACGCUCGCACUCGAGUCUUCAAAGAGGUUGAGACAUUUCAUCAUUGUCAGGGUCAUCCUAAUAUCAUUCAACUCAUUGAAUUUUUUGAGGACGAUGAGAGAUUCUAUCUCGUUUUUGAAAAAAUAAAUGGUGGACAAUUACUGAGGAGGAUUCAGGAGCGAGUUCACUUCAGUGAGAGGGAAGCCAGUCAGAUUGUUAAGGAGAUUGCUGGAGCAUUGAAUUUCCUUCAUAAGAAAGGAAUUGCACACAGGGAUCUGAAGCCUGAAAAUAUUCUGUGCGUAUAUCCGGACAAAUUGACGCCAAUCAAAGUCUGUGACUUUGAUCUUGGCUCAGGUAUAAAAUUCAACAAUUCAUUGUCCAGCCCCGUGGCAACACCCCAACUACUAACACCAGUUGGUAGCGCUGAAUUCAUGGCACCAGAAGUCGUUGAAGCAUUCAUUGGUGAAACGAGUUAUUACGAUAAACGAUGCGAUUUGUGGAGUCUUGGUGUUAUCAUGUAUAUUCUACUAUGUGGAUAUCCACCAUUUUACGGUAAUUGUGGUACUGAUUGUGGCUGGGAGAGGGGUGAAAAUUGUCAGGCAUGCCAGGAAUCACUCUUCAUCAGCAUUCAGCGAGGAAGAUAUGAUUUUCCUGAACGUGAGUGGAGGACCAUUUCGGAGGAUGCCAAGGAUCUCAUUCGUGGAUUGCUGGUCAAAGAUGCCCAUCAACGACUCAGCGCUGAGUGCGUUCUCAAUCAUCCUUGGGUAAAUCCGGGACCUGUGCCGACUUCCGCUGGGGAUAGGCCACUCAUAACUCCGGAAAUCAUCAGGAGAAACAAUUCUGCCCGCGAGCUUUCUGUCUUCGCCGAGUCAGCAAUGGCAGUGAAUCGAGUCGUUCACCAGCAUUUUUCAAUGAAUCUCGAUGAUCUCGCAGAAAAUCGUGAACCAAGAUUGUCAACAUCAUCUACUGAUGAUGACAAUCAUCCCUACGGUCAUCUGUCCGACUCGAGCAGUGAAUUAUCCGAGCCCAGCAAACACUGCGCCACCCACUCGUCCGAGGAGUUUGAAAUAGGCCCAAGGCGUAAGUCAUUCUCCAUGAAUUCAGCAAUUGAUUCGUCAGAUCCAAAGAUCAUCGGUAAAAAUCGCCUUCUGGGAAAAGAUUCGUUGAGUCAAAUGUUUGGCUUAUCACCACCAACUGAGAGUAGGCUCAUGCAGCGUCGCAUUAAGGCACGUUCGAGCCUCCUUGGCAGUCAGAAUCCUGCUAUUGUCGCAUCACCAAGUGGCUGAAAUUAUUCUCAACAUUUUCGUUUUUCUCAACGCAAUUUUUUUUUUCAUACUUCUUCUUUCGCGAUAGUUGUUUCUUAAUCUUUCAAUGAGAAAAUUAUAUUCAUAUCUUACACACUUGCCAUACUUCUUUUGUUGGAGACUUCAGUGAUGCAGAGUCAGGCGAUUUUAAAUUCCUCAGAGGCGAAUUAGUUUUUUUUUUUAUUUCAAUAAAGUCCACCGGCAGUUCCACGCUCUUCUGGAUCGUCAGUAGUCAGUUUGUUGUCCCUGAGUAAAACGAAGUGCUUCUUAAGUCAUCAGCAAAGAAAUUAAUUAAGACGUUGAGAAGCUCCUCGAUCGUAUCUCUUGAAUUCCCCUGUUGACAGACAAUUCAAGACGAUGUGACACCAGCUGUCAAGUGUUAUUCACAAGAGAUGGAAUAGCCCUCUGAAAAUUAUGAACCCAAAGCCAUAUUUCGUUUCUCCAUCGUUAUAUCUUGUAGGACGUAGUCUAGACAUUCACUCAAAGUGAAACGAAAAAACGAAAAUUUAAAAAAAUAUAAAAAAUAUAUAUAACAAACAAAAAAAAAUAAAAAUUAAAAAAUUAGUACCUGUAAUAAGUAUAGGAUGGAUGAAGUACAAGGCAUGUGAAUAUGAGAGUUGUCAGGGGGAGAGGGAAGGUGAUUGAUGGAGUAAUUGAUGCAGAAUUAUUUGAAUGAAUAAAUUCUGUCAAAUCGAAUAUGAUAAUUAACAGACGGAUUGGCAGUGAUGGUAUAUUAAAAAAAUGGAGAAAUGUUUGCCGACUACGUUCCGCGAGUUAUGUUUAGAUACAAAACCAGUAUUUUCUUUUGCACUUCAUAACUCAUUUUGUUUUUUCUACUUCCCAUGCUAAUCAUUGUUUCAUGUAUCGAAUUAUUUUGUUUAUUUCUGCUCGACGCUCUGUUUAACAUUUGAAGGAAGAAACUUGUAUUUGUGAUGGAUUCAAGAUUUUGUUUUUUUAAUCCAAAAAAUUAACAUCUCGAUUGAACUACAUAUAUCUUCUAUCCUUCGUUAUUCGUCGAUUUUUCACGGUUAUUUUAAUCGAUAUUUCAUUCAAAGUACGUUACGCUUUUAUUAUUAUUUUUUCUUUCUAUGUAGUGGAUCGUCGAGAUGAGAAGUUUUUGGAGAUUUUAUUCAGGAACGUCCUGACGAUGCUUAUUAUUUGUCAAAAUGAAUGAGUUGGUGAGAAAAUUUGGUGAGUACCAAACAUUAUAACUGAAGCAGUAAAUUUACCUAUGAAUUCGCAUUUUCUGGAAUAUGAGAGAAUAAUCGAACGCCUUCGCCAGUGAGGACCGUUUUGAGUGAAUUAUCUUUGGUGUGCGGCCUCUUGAGUAUUCCGUGUUUUACUCUCAAUAUGAUACGUUUUUGUCAUUUUUUAAUUAAUGAAAUUGAAUUAUUUCUUCUAAUUUUUAUUGACUUCUGCGAAAUUUUUUUUUCUUGUUAAAUUCACUUGAUUUGAAGACGGUAGAGGAAUAAUUGAGCAUCAUGGGAAAAUUAGAGCAAUCAAAUACAGGAAAUUGAUAGGACUUUUAUUUUCUCUUAACUUUAAAGGAAAAUACAAAUCGUGAGAUCGUUCUGAAAAAUAUUCUUAAAUAGUCUUUCGUAGAAUUGAACAGUUAAUAUGAAAACGUGACAUUUAUUCGGGGAAUUCAAUAAUUGAAUAAUUGAAAAAAUCGAAGAAUGACAAUCAGUUGAAAAAAAAUUGAAUUCAAAUUUUCAACAGUUUACAAUUAAGAAAAAUAUCCGAAAAAUCCUCUCCUCCCUAUAAUGAUUCAGAUCAACUUCUGAGUUCUUCUUCUCACGCACUAAAGAUAAUUCACGUGAGAUGGUUUUUUCACGUAAUUCUUAGAAUGCAUAGAAUUUUUUUUAUAUCGAGCAACUUCACCUGGUGGACGUCGACGAGUGCAGUUGUGUCUGAAUAAUUAGCGGAAGAGUUUUAAUACAGAAAAAUUGUUAACUCGCAUUGUCGGUGUGUCACCAUGUGUCGUGUACAAUGAUAUGUAAAUAGAGCAAUGAAAAAUCAGUAAUGUAUAAGAAGAUGAUAUAUAAAAUGAAAUUCGGAUUAAAUUACUUGGAAUUUCAAAAUUUUCGGUACUUCUCCAGAAUGAAAAAUUGAACACCACUGAGAAGGGGAAAUUUAUCUGGAUUAUCAAGUUCUCACAAAACAAUAUACGUCCUUGAAUCACUAGCAGAACUGGAACGCUUCUGUAAUCAUGGAUGGAAAUUUUCAAAUCUCAAUUGUACAAAUACAUAAAGUUUAUACGAUAAUUUUCAGAAAAGAUGGAAAAUAAUAAAAAAAAAUAUAUGAUGAGGAAGUUGUGGAAGAGGAUAUUUGUAUCAGAUUGUCGCUAGAUCAUUUUCGUAAUUCGUAUUCAUUGAGAUCCAUUGAUCAAUUCAGCAGAUAGGGACUUCCAAAGAUGAUAAUUGCUGAUAUCUGCUUGUGAAAAUGGUAGAUCAAAUUUUGAGUUGAAAGCAGUUGUGAAUUAGUGGUUUGGGGAGCUGCAUUGAGUUUUUUUAUGGAUAAAAAUUAUUCUUCUUUCAAUUUUCCUGCAGAACAGCGGAAAAACUGAUGCUGAACCUCGUUGAAGCUUCCUCUCAAUGAAAAAAAAAACAAAAAAGUGAAAAAAAUCAGUUGAAUAAAAAAAAAUCGGUUUUUGCCGAAUUUGGAUGCGUGAAUGGGUGAUUUGGUGAAUUUGAAUGCGUGAUAUAAAGAAUGAGGAAACAAAGGGAUGGCCAUAAUUAUCAGUCUGAAAUAAUACACCGUUACACGUGUGAAUGCGUAAUAAAAUGAUUGUGUGUCGAUCGAGUGAAUACAAAACAAUUAACUGGAUUUAAUUAUUCACACUGACGGACAUCUCUGUGAGGUACCGAUGUAAUAACUAUCCAUUCUACAUUUUUUUUAUUGGCAACUGUGAAAAAAAAAGAGAGAAUGGUAAUGAUUUUUUCUUCUUUGGGAUCGCGUCGUCUCUGAUCGACUUGUGAUUCCAAAUUUGGUCGCCACUUUAAUGUUAACUAAAAGCUUUGAGAAAAAAAGUAAUAGCGACAUUUCUGGAGAGAAAACAAAAAUGAAGUUUUACGUUCUUUAUCGCCUUUUUUACGCAUACGUGGAGAUACAAGAAAUAGUGAGAAAUAAUUUUUUCAGAACGAUGAAAAAAGAUAAUAAAAAGGACCAUAUUUUAA